AAGUUCAAUCAUUGCACGGUUCAUCCGCGGAUCAAAGCUGAUCAAAGCAAAAACAUGGCCGAAGCCGUUGUCGACGGGGUUCCUGCAAUUUCACGUUUUUAUUGUCACAAAUGUUCCGUUGAAAUUGAACGUUUAUUACCAGAUUAUACAUGUCCAAAUUGUUCAAGUGGAUUUAUAGAAAAAUUAGAAAAUGAAGAAGAAGAUCAAGAUCUUGGUUCCGACUUGAAUGCUGAGGAUUUUAAUGACUUUACUGAUUUCGAGCAAUCUUUUAUGGAUUUACCUGAUAUUCCUGAGCUGUCAGUAUCUGGUGGUGAUGGAAGUACAAGAAGACGAGGAAGACAACAACGUGAUGCAGUUCAAAAUAGAUAUGGACUUCCAAAUUCAAGACAAAGAAGACGAAUAUCAUCAUAUGAAAAUUUAUUUCAUGAUUUUCUUUUCAAUUUAUCAACAAUUGGUAUUCCACGUCAAAUGCAAACUGGACAAACAGCUGUUCCAAAUUUCAGUUUAUUUUUGGGUAACCCUGGUGAUUAUGUUUGGGGAAGAGAUGGCCUGGACACAAUUGUAACUCAGCUGUUAAAUCAAAUGGAUGGAAGUGGUCCACCACCAUUAUCACGUGAACAAAUUGAUAAUAUUUCAACAACUCCAGUAUCACAAUCACAAAUUGACUGUAAAUUACAAUGUUCAAUUUGUUGGGAAGAUUUUACACUAUCUGAGUAUGUCAGGCAAUUACCCUGCAAACAUAUGUAUCAUUCACCUUGCAUUGUUCCUUGGCUUGAAUUGCAUGGAACGUGUCCAAUUUGUCGACAAAGUUUGGGUGAUCAAACUUCAGCUGAAGCUAAUCAAGAUGAAGUUGGACCCAGUUUAGCUGCACUUUUUCGGGCUGCAAAUCAGUUCACAUCUACCUCAACUUCUACAAGUACUAAUUCGUCGAACACUGAUCCAUCCAACGAAAUGUGAAAAAAACUAUAAAAUAGAAGAAAAAAAAGAAAAGAAAAGAAGGAAUAAUUCAGAUGAUAAUAAUAAAAUAAAAACAAAAAUGAAAAAUAAUCUGUACAGUUUGCUGUUUCUUCGGUAAAAGGUUUACACGUUUUAUUAUUUUUUUUUUAAUUUAUCUUUUUACACUAGUUUUUUGUUUUUUCUUGCACUUUCGUAUUAUUCGUGUAAAGAUAUUUAAAAUUCAUGGUUUUAUAUGGUAGAUAUUCAGCAAAAUAAUUGAGCUAUUUAAAUUCAAUUAUUUAAUUUUUUUGUAACAAAAAAAAAAACCAAUGACACACUAUUUAUUCAUUCUAAUAACUAAUCAGAAAAAAUAGCAAAUGAUUAUUUAGAAAUCCAUUUUUUUUUUUUUUAUAUACAUAGAAUUUUUAAUGAUAAUUAUUUUAUUAGAUUUUUUUUUUUUUUUUAGUAAAUCAAUGACAAAGAAAACAAAAUUACUUCAUGAGUUUUUCAGUGUUGAGAAUAAUUUCCAAUUGCUAAGUAAAAAAAAAAUUUAUAAAUAUUUUCCUAAUAGUUGAAAUUAAAAUAAUUUUAAAAAAACAUUAAACUCUUGUCAAAAUAAUAAAUUGCAAUAUUUUUAAAAUAGUUUUAAAAUGUUGCAGAUGAUUUAAAUUAAAAAUGGAAAUAAAUACAAAAUCCGAAAGAAAUACAUAAAUGGAAAACGAAAAAUAAAAUGAAAAGAAUUUUUAAAAAUCAUCUACUGUUAAUAUUAAUAAAUAAAUAAUUAAUUAUUAUCUUGCUUUCUAGUUUAUAAGUGUGUAAAUUAGUCGAGUAAAAAUAAUAAUAACAACAAAAGCAAAAAGUUUAAAAAAUAAAUAAGCCAUAUAUUUAUUUGUUAAUUUAAAAAAAAAAACCACAAGAUUUCUUUAUUAUCAUUUGAUUUUUCAUGUUUUCUUUUUGUCAAUAUUUUUCAUGUGAGGCAAUGCAAGUUCACUUACAAAUACGUGAUACAAAUAAAGAAAAAAAUUUAAUAUAUAAAUAAAAAAAAAAGAAAAUUAAAAAACAUACAAGUUAGAAAUAUUUUGUAUAAUUUUUUUUUCAUUUACUUUUUCUUUUCUUAUUUAAUAUUCAAUUAUACAUUUCGAUUCGAAAUGGUAUUGUGAAUAAAAUAAUGAUUUGUACCAUCAAUACUAGUUUAUUAUUCCAAUAACAUGUUGGUGGAUGAAUCAACAUAUCAGUUGUAUCGAAACCCUUUGAACUCAUCGAACAAAAAAAAUAAUAAAAUAAGAAAACAAACGUAUAGAAAAUUUUGUUUUUGUAAUUUUUAAAAUGUG